GGUGCAAGGAGAAGUCUGUUGUGUCACUUCAACCAUGAGACUCAUCUUUCAAGCAUAUUUGAUGACCUUCACACUGGGCAACCUUGUGGCUUCUCAGUUACAAUCUUCUGGUGGGAAAGUUGCUAUCAACACCACAAUAAUCAACUUCAAUAAGGAGAAGAUGCAGAUCACAUGGGCAACAAGAGAGAUUUUCCCCAAUGAGAAUGUGUCAUUUUUUUACACAUUUGAUGAAGGCAAACAAAAAUUUUGGAAGCCAUGUACCACCUAUUUAUUGGAUCAAGAUUAUAAUUCUGGAUGUCUUUUUAAGACAGAAGGACCUACCCUUGCCAUUUCUAUCAGGAGCAGCAAUGGAAGUGAAGAUCUUUUUUCUAAAAUAUUCAAAACUGAUUUUUACAUAAAGCCCAGUCCACCCGAAAAUGUGACCUUCUUCUGGGAAGAGGACACUGUUACUGUAAGCUGUAAUAAACCAAAGAGAAAUGCACUGUGCUUGACACUUGAGCUUCAGUACAAAAGCAAGUUUGACAAAGAGUGGCAAUCCAGAACUUCUAGGUGCUGCAGAGUUGGAGAGCAAGGCUUUGAUCCAAGGAAGUGCUAUUCUUUCCGGGUCAGACUGUGGAGGCUCUCACGACACUGCAAUGUAGAGAAUUACAGCAGUGACUGGGAAGCUGAAACAUUUUGGAUGAAUGGCACGUUAUUAGAUUCAUGUGAUGAUGAUGUAACUCCUCAGUCAAAAACAAUAAUUGUUUUAAGUUGUUCACAGGCAGUACUCUUAAUGAUGCUUAUUCUCCUGAUUCUUCUGUGUAAAUGGCAGAGGGUUCAGACAUCAGUCCUGCCUGCUAUACCAGACCCAAAAUACUCAUUUGCUGAUCUCUUCAAUGAUCAUAAUGGAAACUUACAGGAAUGGCUAGUCAAAAAUGACCACGUGGUGUUGCAAACCAAACUAGAGUAUGAGGAACCAGAGUCCAUCACUGAGGCAGAAAGCCAGCAAGAAGAUGGGAAGAACAGUGACAAACAAGGGCCUUUGGAAAAAAUCUUCACUUUUUCAGGAGCAGCUGAAAAUAAUGAUGGCAAAGCAGCUGAGAUUGCCUGCCUGAUACCAGCACCAAACACUACAGCUCCUUUUGCUGGCUUCCAUAUUUUAAUGAAUGAUGACAUGUACGUGACGUUAUAAAAGCUGCAUAAUGAAGAAGGUGUUAGGAAAUUCCAUAAAAAUCCUGACGAGCUGGGGAGAGUGUGAAUAGAAAAGGUCAUCAUGAUAAGAUUCACAUCAAGAAAGACACUGGGCUGUGUUUUUAAAUCUGUAUUUUCCCAGCAGUUAGGAUCUCUUGGGCAGACUCAAGCAUUUGAAACAAACUCCUGAUGAUUUACAGAGUUAAGAUUUGCUCUUCUAAUUGGGGUUUAUCCCUAAGGCUCAUUUUCUUGCUGUGGACAGGGGAGCACAGGAACUUUUCCAUAAUAUAUGUCAGCAGGGAUGAGAUUUAGUCCUUCUGCUUAUGGGGUGUGUAGAGCAGGGCAAAAGAACCAUUGUUCUUCCCAAAUGAAGAGAGAAAAAAAAGAGAUUUUGCUGUCUCAUGUAAAGAGAUUUUUAUUGCGUAACUUAGUAUUUCAUGGCACGCCUUAAAGGUUUUAUAGAGAAGGAAUAAGGCCCUCAUCUAAGGAGAGGAGUGAGAAUACACAGUGUUGAAUCACAUUUUAGCCUGCAGAUUCUUCUGUGUAGGCAGCUUCCUCCAGAACAGCAGGGCUUCAAGUGUUUCCUCUGAAGUUCAUGUCCUC